UCCUGGCACCAUGGACGAUGCCGCGGUCCUAAGGAAGAAGGGUUACAUCGUAGGAAUCAAUCUGGGCGAGGGCUCCUAUGCAAAAGUCAAAUCUGCCUACUCUGAGGGCCUCAAAUUCAACGUGGCAGUCAAGAUUAUCAAUCGAAAGAAAGCCCCCACGGACUUCCUGGAGAAAUUCCUCCCUAGGGAGAUGGACAUCCUGGCGACUGUCAACCACCGUUCCAUCAUUAAGACCUACGAGAUCUUUGAGACCUCUGAGGGCAAGGUCUACAUAGUCAUGGAGCUGGGCGUCCAGGGCGACCUCCUCGAGUUCAUCAAGUGCCGAGGAGCCCUGCAUGAGGAUGAUGCUCGUAAGAAGUUCCAUCAGCUUGCCUCGGCCAUCAAGUACUGCCAUGAUCUGGAUGUUGUCCACCGAGACCUCAAGUGCGAGAACAUUCUGCUUGACAAGGACUUCAACAUCAAGCUGUCUGACUUCGGCUUCUCCAAGCGCUGCCUGCGGGACGGGAGUGGGCGCAUCGUCCUCAGCAAGACCUUCUGUGGGUCAGCGGCUUAUGCGGCCCCCGAGGUUCUGCAGGGCAUCCCCUACCAGCCCAAGGUGUAUGACAUCUGGAGCCUGGGUGUGAUCCUGUACAUCAUGGUCUGUGGCUCCAUGCCCUAUGACGACUCCGACAUCAAAAAGAUGGUACGCAUCCAGAAAGAGCACCGCGUCAACUUUCCACGCUCCAAACACCUGACUGGUGAGUGCAAGGACCUCAUCUACCGGAUGUUACAGCCAGAUGUCAACCGGCGGCUGAACAUUGAUGAGAUCCUCAGCCACUGCUGGGUGCAGCCCAAGGCACGAGGUCUGUCCUCUGCAGCCAUCAACGAAGAGGGAGAAAGCUCCCGGGCCACUGAGCCCCCAUGGACCCCUGAACCCACUGGUGCCGAUAAGAAGUCUGCCACCAAGCUGGAGCCUAGGGAAGAGGCACGGCCCGAGGCCCAACCUGAGACAGAGGAAGGGCACCCCCAACAGCCUCCAGAGACACAUACCUAGUGAGCCUCUUGCAGCCCAGGGGCCAGCAGGGAAUGAGGCAGAGCCUCACACACACACACACACACACACACACACACACACACACACGCACGCACGCGCACACACACACACACACACACACGCAUGCACGCACGCACGCACACACACACUGAUUAUUUUUCAAGAAGAGAAUGGAGAUGGGAGAGGCCUUGGAAGGGAGCCUCUGGACACUUGCUAAUGCCAGGUGCCAGGUGAGGGCUGCGAGGAGCCUCUUCAGGGGACAGUGACGGUGAGAGGAGGGCAGAAGCUCAAGUGAGCUCAGAUUCUGGAGAACGGAGGAGGUCAGGGGCCUGGAACCCAGCACAAUGUGAAUGCCCAAGCCUGCAGGUGAGCUGACCU